AUGGCAUCUCGUCGCUCAACUGCACAGGUGGUCAGAGAUUUGAUGGUUGGCAUGAAAGAUCUUUGCAGCCCGGAUUACAAAAUGCUUGCUAUUUUGACCCUCUUGGUAGAUUUUGUCCUUACCAGUUUUGUCUUGGUUAAGCUGGUCAUUGUGAAUAGACAUCCGCUCUCUCGGUUCCCAGGUCCAUUUAGUGCUAAGUUCAGCAAUCUCUCUCAUUGUCGGCGCUUUAUGGGAGGCAGACAACCCUAUGAGAUGCUCAAGCUCCACGAGAAAUACGGUCCUGUCGUCAGAGUCGCUCCUAACGAGCUCUCCUUUAAUUCAUCAGGCUCAUGGAAGGAUAUCUAUGACAAAAGAAAGGGACACUUACCAUUUAUAAAGAGCGAGUUCUAUGAUGGCGGUAGCUUCGCGGCCGAGGCUCAUUCGAUCGUCAGCGAACGUGACCCGGAGAAACACGCCCAAAUGCGGAGAUAUCUUCGUGACGCCUUCUCGGACCGUUCUCUUCGCGAGCAGGAGACUUCCAUUAACCAAGCUAUUGACGAGUUCAUGGAUAAGAUCGGGGAAGUCGGGGCCUCACCUUCUAGUAUUGACAUUAUUAUGUGGUUCAACUUGCUAACCUUUGACAUCAUCGGCGAUUUGGCGUUUGGGCAAUCGUUUGGUGGAGUCUUAUCCGGAGCCGAGCACUUUUGGGUUUCUAUUGUAGUCAAGAGUCUGAGGAUGGGGGCUCUCGCUGACUGUUUUAACCGUUUUCCUUGGCUAGGUGCCAUCUUUCAAUUCUUGUUUCCUGCGUUACUGAAGAAGCUCAUUGAGGACACUAGGAAGCACGAGGCAUAUACUAUGGGUCUUGUCAAGAAGAGAAAGACACAGGAUAGUUUCCGCAAGGAUUUCUUAACCAAGAUCAUGGAGGCAAGGGCAUCCGAAGAUAUAUCUGAUAUACAGAUAGCAGCACACGCUUCAGACUUUGUCAUUGCUGGGAGCGAGACAACAGCCACCGCUCUAUCGUGCACUACAUACUAUCUACAAAAGAACGAAGAAAUACUGAAGAAACUGCGACAGGAGCUUCAGCGCAAUUUUAAUUCGUGCCAAGAGAUCGAUAAUGCAUCAACUUCCGGGUUGCCUUACCUAAACGCGAUUAUCCUGGAAGGAAUGAGAAUUUAUCCACCACUGCCCUUCCCUCUGCCACGUGUAGUGCCAGAGGGUGGAGAUACGGUUGAUGGUCAUUUCAUUCCCGCUGGGACCAUCGUCUCGACCAACCCGUUCGCAGCUUCUAUGUCACCGAGCAAUUUCAAGAACCCUUGGGCUUUUGACCCUGACAGGUGGCUGUUUUCAACAAAAGAUGAUAACCGGGAAGCCAGUCAGCCAUUUUCCCUCGGCACAAGAGGCUGCCUUGGCAAGAGCCUUGGCUGGCUCGAAAUGCGAACAAUUCUUGCCAAGAUGUACUUCAAGUAUGAUCUGGAACUGGUGGACCAUUCGCUGGAUUGGCAUGUUCAGUCACAGAUGCAUACACUCUGGCAGAAGCCGGUGAUGAAGGUUGUGGUAAAACCACAUUGCCUCUGA